AUGUUCAACAAACAUGCAUCUACCAUACUACCUUCCGUUCUCCUAUUCGCUCCUUUGCUCGUGAACGCCUCCAUCUUCUCCCAGUCUGAUGUGAAACUGACUUUCUACUAUGACAUAGGUGAUAAGGGAGGAUGCGGAAAGGCAGCAGGUGAUCCGGUACCUGCAGGCUGGGCCGAUUCAUCUGGUAUCAAUGCAGGUACGACCUAUUGUGAGCAGCAGAGGGGCAUGAGUUUGAAUCAGAUUGGAACCAAUCAGAUAGUCGCCUUCGACCAGGAUAAAGUGUGGGCAGAUCCUGCUCAGUGGUGUGGGCGAGAAGUUAAGGUGUACGGACCGGAUGGGAGUGAAUUGAUCAUGCCAGAUGGACCAUUCUAUAUCUGGGACAGUUGUCAGAAUUGUGCUGGUGGUGGAAAGAUCCUAGAUGUAUCGGGCGAAGCUUUCGUUAAAUCAAAGGCGGUACAUGCGGAGGCAAUAACCCUACUGGUUUCAGAUACGAUUCCACCUUCACCUGUCAUACCGGGUUUUUCGUCUACACCAGCUGCUCUGUCAUCUCCUUCACCUUCGUCUGCAUCAGCUGGUGCUGCAUUUUCACCUUCCCCUGAACCUGCGCCACCUGUACAACAACCGCCCGCUUCUUCUUCAUCUCUCUUACAACCUACUGUCACCGCCGUUCAAUCGACACAGGCUCAGCUUACUGCUCCUACUUCGACAAGUACAGGGAGUAGACAUCGUCCUACCGGAUGGGGCGGAUGGGGUGGGCACGGCAACAAUGAACUUGCUGCCGCACCUACGGCUGGUCCCGUAGCUGCUGUAGCCGGAUCGAACAAUGGUACUACUGCUGUUAAUACCUGCAGAAGGAAGAGGAAGAGGAGGUUGGCGAAACUGCACUAG